UGGAAGAAUAAAAUUUUGUGAAAUUGAACUGAUGAGCCUUGAAAUUUAGUUAGAUAUGUUGUUGUAAGAACUGUUUUGCAAUAUUAUUUGAGAAGUUAAUACCAGCUCAUCGAAACACCCCAUCUUUUGUUAAUUUAUAAGGCACAUCGUGAUUAAAGUCGCCACUGAUGUGCGACCUAAUCUCACUAAGAGGAACCACCGUGUUGUUCUGAGAAAUCGGUAUCAAACCACUGGUUCAUGUUGACAGCACUGUAACUGAAGCAAAACGAUGUCGGGAAGCUUUUACUUUGUUAUGGUGGGUCACCACGACAACCCUGUGUUUGAGAUGGAGUUUUUGCCUCCUGGGAAAGGAGAGUCAAAGGAUGACCAUCGUCACCUUAACCAGUUCAUUGCUCAUGCAGCCCUUGAUCUGGUGGAUGAGAACAUGUGGCUGUCCAACAACAUGUACCUGAAAACGGUGGACAAAUUUAACGAAUGGUUUGUCUCCGCCUUUGUCACGGCUGGCCAUAUGAGGUUCAUUAUGCUUCAUGACGUGAGGCAAGAAGACGGCAUCAAGAACUUCUUUAAUGACGUUUAUGAGCUGUAUAUCAAGUUUGCGAUGAAUCCAUUCUACGAAGUGAACGCACCGAUACGAUCCACGGCUUUCGACAGGAAAGUGCAGUUUCUUGGCAAAAAACACCUUUUAAGUUGAUUUAGCUGAAAAGGAUUCAUUAUUCUGAAAAAAAAAGUCUUUUAUUUAAUUUGUUUGGGAGUGGAAUGUUUUUUUAAUUACUUCUCAAAUCAGUUUGUCUAUUCAGGAGGUAAUUACAGUACUCAGCUGGCUGGAUGUAUUCUAUAAAAAUGGUUUGUUUUGCCCCUCUCUCUAACCUGUUUAUACCCUAUCAUGUGUCUUAAUAGUAUGUUACUUGUUUAUUAACUUACAUUUUCAGACAUGUUUAUGCAUUAACUACCGCGUCUUGAAGGAGUUAAGUAUAAUCAUAAAUAUGAUUUCUUUCACUGCAUUGAAUACUCUUGUGAACAUCAUUUCCUAUGCCGAUUACAUCCAGGGAAUACUCACCGAGAAAUCAAAUAUUGAUUCAAGACAAGUGUGAAAUGUAGUCGUGUAAUCAUUAAUGAAUGAUUACAAAGACACAAGCGCUGUUGUUAGUGAUCCGUACCGCACCAUAAAGAUACAUGUGUGUAGUUUGUCAGUGUGUUGCCCGUUCAGACUGGGAAAUGCAAGACCCUUGUCACCUAUACAUAACUGUGCAAAAAAACACG